CUUCAAUCAUCUAUACUGACAGUAGAUGUAAACAAACUCCAGCUGAUUAUAUGACACGACGGCGGCCGCUGACCGCUGCACCACCUGCUGCUGCUGCUACUGCUGCUGCACCACCUGCUGCUGCUGCUACUGCUGCUGCACCACAUGCUGUUACUGCUACUGCUGCUGCUACACCAUCAGCCUCACAUCACACGCUCCUCCUCACAUAACUUUAACACAGCUGGUUGAGGUUUUUAUGAUAAGAUGAUCGUGUAUGCCUGUUUAUCCCGGUUAGCAGAUGGUAUUCCACUCUCUGCUACUACAGAUUUUGCUAGUGAUGCUGAUGUACGUGUUAGAGAAGGAAAAAGAUGCGUCAAAUUACUGAGCAAACAGCUGUCUGAGUUGGGUAAACGAGUGUGUCUCCAGGCUGAAGAAAUUACUAUACACUGUGUAGUGGAUGACUGUACCGCUUACAUGGUUGUGUGUGAGCCCAAUUAUCCACACAUUCUUGCCUUCAGUUUCCUCGAUGAACUGAUGAAGGAAUUUAAUGUUCUCUACACUUCCUCUGUUGUUAAAUCAGUCAGAAGACCCUAUGCAUUUAUUGAAUUUGACACCUUUCUUCAAAAGACGAGGCAGAAGUACAGUAGUACACGAGCACUUGCAUCUAGGUUAAACUUGGCAGAAAUGACAACAGACCUUAACCUUCACCCACCUUCUUAUAUGAAAAUGCACCAGUUAGAGCCACCACCAUCUUCAGCACCUAGUCCACCAUGUACCACAUCUCCACACAUUCCAAAAUCUCUUGGCUUAUCAAAUGGUACCAUUGCAAAUGGGGUUAUCAACAAGGAUAUUUCAAUGGUGGGUGUUGCAUUAAAGCUGAAGCCAGUUCCAUGGUAUGGUUGGCUGGGGAUUGUUUUUGCUGUAGUGUGUGUAUUACUCGACAUAUACAGAGGAGCCGUAGCCAUCAAUAUGUCCAGCCUAGAGGAACUUGAUGGUCCUUCACCUUGGCAUGGUAUAUUCUUCUUGACUGAGAUGCUCCUGCAGAUUUUACAGGUGCACAUGUUAAGGAAAUACAACAAGUUCAGAAAACUUGGGACUCUAGGCUGCACCAUCUUCGUGAAAUACAAAGAGCUGGAGGAAAAAUAAUGUGUGAUCAGUGUGGUAAGAGGCUGGUCCUGUCACCCUGCAUAUAUCCAAGACUUGUGUGUGGCAGCAGUCUGGGAAUGUCACCGUGCACAACACUAAAGAGACUUGUUUCUUUGUUGAUCAUUAUUAAAUCCUUGUGUGCUUGUGUUAAGUGGUAUCUCUUGGCCAAGUGAAAAUUCCAUAGAUCUACCUUUCUCAUUUAACAUUUCUCUGUACUGUACCCAUCUCUGCAUACAGUUUGUUGACUUAUCAAAUAUGUUGGGCCAUGAGCCUGUAGUUGGUGCAGUACCAUUCCUCUGAAGGUGGUGCAGUACCAUUCCUCUGAAGGUGGUGCAGUACCAUUCCUCUGAAGGUGGUGCAGUACCAUUCCUCUGAAGGUGGUGCAGUACCAUUCC